UGGCAGGCCGAUGCUCCAAGCCUGGUUUUGAUCUCUCGGACCCGAAAUGAGUUGAAGACUGCUGGAGCUCGGUGAGCUAGGAGCCCCAAUUAGCCCCUGACUUCCUGCAAUAAUACAGCAAAGGCGUUUGUUCUCUACUUUCCGACGGCCGAUUGCGUCGGCCGAAUAUCAACAUUGUCGAAUUGUCUACGACAUUUUGAACUGAAUGAUUUUUCUCCAGUGCUUUGGUCAUCCCCUCUCUUCGGUUCCCGGCCUCGAUAUCUGAUUUCCCGACCGAGCAAUCCUAUUGCAUGCUUCAACGCCUCUUGUUUGAGUCGCGAACGUAAUCAUAAUGCCAUUCAGGAAAAGCAAUCCAACAGAAGCUCUCGCGGCGUCCCUUGAGGGAGCUGAAGCUAUGACAGCGCUAGAACCAGUACUAAUCGCAGGCGAUGCAAAGGAAACAGAGAGUGCGCCUGUGCAGACGUCCGCCACCGAGGAUAUCGUGUACCCCUCCGGACCGAGGCUUGGCUUGCUUCUCACCUCCGUCUUCAUUAGCAUGUCCUUGGUCACUCUGGACCGCUUGAUCAUCCCGACGGCUAUUCCACAGGUCACGGACGACUUCAACUCCGUCACCGAUAUUGGCUGGUACGGUUCUGCAUAUUUCUUGACGAGAUGCGCCUCCCAACUGCUAUUCGGAAAGCUUUACUCCGUUUACAGCAUCAAGGCCACCUUCCUGACCACCCUCUUCGUCCUCGGGGUCAGCUCCGCUGUGUGCGGGGCAGCUCCGAACGCGGUCGCCUUCAUUGUCGGCCGAGCCAUCGCGGGAGUGGGAGGGGCAGGGAUAUACGGCGGCGUGGUAAGUCUCGCAGCGGGAAAAAUUUGCGACUCGGGCCUUCCCUCCUUGUUUUGGGGGUUCGCCGUGUUCCUAACUAAGAAGCACUCGUUUUGCAAUCUCCACCUCCUCUGCGUCCCACAGAGUAAGCCUGCCUUUUUAUCACAGUUCUGCAACAGCUUCUGGGGAAUAUCCUCUCCAUUAGCGAGAUCAAUAGCCCUGCCACCAGCGCACCCUACGAUUAGCGCGAUCGGACACAGCUCGUACAACCGCCGGAGCUUCGCUCCAGCCGCAUCUGUCACAGGGGAAAUAUAGAUGACGUGUCCCUUCACUAGCGAGUGCGCCACGUCUGGCACUAGGC